AUGACAGAACCGAAAAGAGAUGAGUCCGUCUCACCAAUGACAAGAAGUCCCCGCGCGGCGUCUCCUGCCGUGGCAGGAACGGCAGGCGCACCAGACUCGUUCGCUCCUCCCCCUCCCCCGAAAGACGAGCCACCCGUUCCACCGCCGAAAGAUCUUCCUGCUCCCAGAUCAGCAGAUGCAGCUGACUCAACGAUUGAGGCGAGAGACUACAUCAACGGCGGAAUACCUCACGAUAACUUGUCGCCCGCUCAACUUAACAAACGACCCGUACUACCGACCCUCAACUCCACCGACAGUUUUGGCACCAGACAGAAUCCAGGAGGUUUGCCGAUGAUGCCUGAAGAUAGCACCUACUCUCCAGAGCCAGCUUCCCCAACAGACCGUCGAAGUGUGCAGUUUGCAAGGACCGACCAGGUUCUAGAACCUCCAGCCAGCCACUCACGGAAUCCGUCGUGGGAAGACGGGAGCAAGUCGAUAGGUUCUGCAUUUAUGACCAAGUUGAAGCAGUUGACUGGCUCUGGAAGCUUGCAAACCCUCAAAACAAGUAGUUCAGGCAACCUAAACGAUAAUAGCACUCCUUCUAUGGGCAGUUCCCCCACAGCGGGACAGCCACGGUCGAGGCUACCCGGAAGACUGGACGAAGGCGGUGGUGAGGACGGAGGCGGUAGCGACGCAGACGCCGACAUCGAGACCGCCGACGAAGGGAAUGCCACCGAUACUGCCAAACCGAGAAAGAAGAGAAUGAUGCGCAGGUCAAAGAAAGCACAAAUGUCUGUUCCUAGUACUCCGAACCUACGACAGUCACAUGUCCCCGGUCCUGAUUCCCCAGUUGGCUACGGCCGCAUGGGGGCGCUGAGAAGGCGGCUAAGCAUGCCUGACCAUCCCGAACACCAACACCAACAACAUCACGGUAUGUCAGAAGGCGAGGGACGUGAUCAGCUUGCCGGCCCGUCAUGGAUGCGAUCACAUAGGGCGGAUGGUAUCGACAGCCCCGGUGGCAGAAGAGGUCAUAUGCGUCGUAUCACUGUUCUUGGAGGCGGUGGAGUUUCGGAUGGCGAUGCAAUGACACCAAAGAGGCCCUUCUUUGGCAGCGAGAGAGCAUCGACUUGGAAGUACGUCAAGAACACAUUGAAACUUCUUAGGCAGAAGAAAGAGGAUCGUUUCGACUUUGCCAAAUCGGCAGAGCUCAUGGCAGAAUUACGAGCUGGUGCACCUGCCGUCCUUAUGCUGGCUAGCAUGAUCCAAAGGGAUGAGCAUGGCAAUAAACGAAUACCCGUCCUCCUCGAACAAGUUCGCCUGCGUAUCACGGAUAGCCAACCAGAGUCAGAUGACGACGAUAGCGAACGCCAUUGGGUUUUCACUAUGGACCUGGAAUAUGGUAGCGGCCCUUCUCGAAUGAAAUGGACCAUUAUCAGAACGCUGAAGGACGUCUAUAACCUUCAUGUCCGUUACAAACUCGCAAUGAGCAAUGAUAAGUACCUGCAUGGGCGCGCCGAUGUGGGUGCCCGACCUAAAAUGCCCAAGUUCCCCUGGGGCGCUUUCCCCUAUCUCCGUGCUGCACGUAACAAGGAUGAUAGCGAUGGCGAAGAUGAAGGGGCCAGUAUCAGAGGUGGCAGCAUCCGAGGCGACGAGACAGGAGCUGAGGGCACUGCUGCUGAAGCGACUGCAGGAGAGGGCACUGCCAGCGAAUGGGAGGGCGGUCGCGUAGGACCAGGCAAUAGAAAAAAGUCCCGUCUCGGCAUGCUUGGUAUGCGCAGGAAGUCGACCGGUCUAACUGACCCUGGCGAUUCAGGGGCCGAAAAUCAAUUGGAGCUUGCCCAGGCAAGGAAGCGGUACUUUGAAAGACAAAGACGUGUGCUCGAAAAGUAUCUGCAGGAUAUGAUCCGCUGGCUCAUGUUUCGUGCAGACAGUAAUCGUCUUUGUAAGUUCUUGGAGCUUUCUGCCCUUGGCGUGCGCUUGGCUGCUGAAGGCAGUUAUCACGGCAAGGAAUGCUAUCUGCAUAUCCAAUCUUCCAAAGGCAUGGAUUUCCGCCGAGUCUUGACGCCGAAGAAGGUUAUCGCCCGUCACAGUCGCAAAUGGUUCCUCGUGCGGUCCAGUUACAUCGUCUGUGUUGAGUCACCUGAGAAGAUGAACGUCUACGACGUAUACCUCGUGGAUUCGAAAUUUCGAAUUGUGUCCAAGAAGAGCGGAUUAAAACAACUUGGCAAGGGAAAAGCCAAAGCUGAGGACAAAGAAAUCGACUUGAUAGAGGAACCCAUCACGGAGAAGCAUCAUACGCUGACACUCCACACGGCCGAGCGGAAAGUCAAGCUGUUUUCGAGGAACCAGCAUGUCAUGAAGCAGUUUGAGGAUUCAAUAGCAGAGAUGCUUAAGCAGACCAAGUGGCAUGAUAUCAAUCGCUUUGAUAGCUUCGCCCCCAUUCGAACUGGGGUUUUCGCCCAGUGGCUUGUCGACGGACGAGAUUACAUGUGGAAUGUGUCUCGCGCCAUCAGCAUGGCCCGCGAUGUGAUUUACAUCCACGACUGGUGGUUGAGCCCCGAGCUAUACAUGCGCCGGCCUGCGGCUAUCAGUCAGAAGUGGCGCCUGGAUCGUCUGCUGCAGCGAAAGGCGAGGGAGGGCGUCAAGGUUUUCGUCAUUGUGUAUCGCAACGUGGAGGCUGCCAUUCCCAUCGACUCAGAAUACACCAAGUAUUCACUAUUGAACCUUCACCCCAAUAUUUUCGUUCAGCGAUCACCCAACCAGUUCAAGAAAAAUCAGUUUUUCUUCGCCCAUCACGAGAAGCUCUGCAUCGUCGAUCAUGACGUCGCAUUUGUCGGCGGUAUUGACUUAUGUUUUGGCCGUUGGGACUGCCCACAGCACCCACUCACUGAUGACAAGCCGACGGGUUUCGAGCAAAGCGAGCAACCGAAGGAUGCGGAGCAUGUCCAGCUCUUCCCUGGCAAGGAUUACUCAAACCCUCGAGUGCAGGACUUCUUCAAGCUUGAUGAGCCCUACGAAGAGAUGUACGACAGAAGCAAAGUCCCCAGGAUGCCCUGGCACGAUAUUGCAAUGCAGGUUGUCGGGCAACCUGCGAGAGACCUGACCAGGCACUUCGUCCAGCGUUGGAAUUACAUCAAGAGAGGUAGAAAGACGACGCGGCCUCUGCCAUUUUUGCUGCCACCUCCCGAUGUCAAGAUGGCUGAGCUUGACGCACUUGGAUUGACCGGCACUUGUGAAGUGCAAAUCCUACGAUCUUCUGCCAACUGGUCCCUUGGAAUUGAGCAUACGGAACACAGCAUUCUGAAUGCUUACAUCAAGAUGAUCCAAGAUUCUGAUCAUUUUGUAUAUAUCGAAAAUCAGUUCUUCAUUACCAGUACCGAGGCGUUUAACACCAAAAUCGUCAACGGCAUUGGCGAUGCUCUUGUUGAGCGUAUUAUCAGGGCGCACGAAAACGGAGAAGACUGGAAAGCAUGCAUCAUCAUCCCCCUUAUGCCCGGUUUCCAAAACACCGUUGAUGAGCAGGAAGGUACAAGCGUGCGGCUGAUUCUUCAAUGCCAGUACCGCAGCAUCUGCCGCGGGGAUAGCUCCAUUUUUGCGCGUCUGCGGUCUGCUGGCAUCGAGCCGGAGGACUACAUCCAAUUCUACAGUCUACGACAAUGGGGUAAAAUUGGCGCCAGAAAUGUCCUAGUCACCGAACAACUCUACAUACACGCCAAAUGCAUCAUCGUCGAUGACCGUGUGGCGCUCAUUGGCUCUGCCAACAUCAAUGAAAGGUCCAUGCUGGGAAGCCGUGACUCAGAGUUGGCCGCCGUUGUGCGCGACACCGACAUGAUCUGGUCGACAAUGGCUGGUAGGCCUUACCGUGUUGGUCGCUUCGCACACACUCUCCGCCUCCGUCUGAUGCGGGAGCAUCUCGGAUUAGAUGUCGACGAAAUUCUUGAGGAAGAGAGACAGGCGGAGCUUGACCGACAGGCCGAGUACGAGGCAGAAAUGGACCAGAUUUAUGCGGAUGACACCGAGACGCCACCUGUCGCCGGAUCAAGUGGUCGUCCGUCAGCUGAGAAGACGUCCAAGCCAACAUUGCCCGGUCAGACUGCGAGCUUCAACCACGAUGCUGUUGCUGAAACGGAGGGAGCUGCAGAGGAGGCUUCGUCCUCGUCAUCAUCAUCCAGGGGCAAGGAGCUUGACCUUCGUGUGACGGGCAACAAGGCACAUGCUCUGGAUAUUGCCGGCUUCGGAAAGGACCAUUGGAAGACCGCUGAAAAGCUUGGGCUCGACCAGGGCCGCGAUUCUGUCAUUGUCAAUGGCCACGAAGUUCUUGUUCACGACGUACUGCCGGAGGGUAAGGGUACUCUUAAGUCUCCAAUGCAACCGCAUGAGCGUAGAAUCUCAACCGAUCAUGUUGAGGAAGAUAACUGCGUCAGUAACGACGCCCUCCCGCCUAUACCGGCUCUCAACCGCCGAACAACUGACCAGCUCGGUCUGCCUCGAACUGCUGGACUUCCCACUCUGCCAGCCGUGGAUGAUACUGAUAUCGGCGGGCCACCUGUUCACCUGGACCAGAAUGGUCAACCGACGAACGGUCCGUUGCACCCCCUGGCGGCCGACAUUAGACAGGCACGCAUAGACAAGGACUGCAUGCGCGACCCUAUUAACUCGUCAUUUUUCGAUGACGUGUGGAACCGUGUAGCGGACAACAAUACCAAGCUGUACCGCCGUGUCUUCCGGUGUAUGCCUGAUUCUGAAGUACUCACUUGGCCUGACUAUCAACAAGCCACGACGUAUGCAGAGCGUUUCAGAGAAAGUUUAGAAGGGAAAACAAAAACAGAUGACGACCCUAACUUAGCCCGCCACCAAUCUCCAGUCACUGGUGGUGGUGCAGGCAUAACUGCGCCUGGGCCUAGUGCAGUUGCCAAAGCAGCUACCGAGAAGACUGAAGAGAAGUUACACAUCAAGCCGGACCAUUCCCACCAUCCGAAGAUUGUCAUUCCCAGCGAUGACAACCAAGAAAUGAAUGAAAAAAGCGACGUGCCCGGCUCAAGAUCGGGCCUUAACACCAAUACAGACGUAGAGAAGGUGUCAUCUCGACGUCCACCGGAAGCUCCAUCGCCUAUUUUGCCUGCUGGUGAUGUUCCAUUCCCAGCUUUCGAACCUGGCUCUCUUCCCACUGACGCCAACUUAUUGGAGCCUUCACGAGAUAAGAGCAGGGAAAGGAAAACUACGUUCUCCCCUCUGGAAAAGCCGCCCUCGCGGGACGUUAGCGUCCCGAUGCAGCAAGCUCAAGGUUCGGUGAAACGCCGCCGACGAGCCACUACUAAGGGCAGUCGGCGUGGAAUGCCGCCUGAAGAAGUGCUUUCCAGAGCCGAGGCAGAGGAGCUCCUCAGUAUGAUCCAGGGUCACGUUGUUCAAUUCCCUUACGAUUGGCUACUCACCGAAGAGCAAAAUGGAAACUGGGGCUUCCAGGUGGAUGGCGUCGCGCCCUUGCAGAUCUACAACUAG